AUGAGCUCUCCUGCUAGGGAUUUCGACGGUCUCAAUGACAACGAGACUCUUGCAAUGCUGCAAGAGUACAUGUCGAAGAUGCAGCUCUCGAGCGAGAGAGAGAAGAUGGCGAGUGUUGAGCUGUUAGACGCCAUGGUGAAGAAAGCAGGUGGGCUGGUUGGGUUGGACAAGGACGACCCGCCGUCAGCAGCAAGGCAUCGAGUCUUGCACAGGGUCAUCAACCUCGUCGCGACGCUGUGUGAAGAUGGAGAUUUGAGGAGCAGGGCCGUCGAGGCUCACAUGCUUGACCUCCUGCUGGGGUUUUACCACUGUCGCGCGCCGGGCCCUGGGGGAGAGGAGGAGAAGGAGGAGCAGGAGGAGAAGGAGGCGCAGGAGGAGUUCAAGUGUGACGUGCUCAAGUGUAUCAUCAACCUUAUCCCAGCUCUGCAGGCAGACAGCAAGAGCUCACUACCGCUCGUGGAGCUGCUGCUCAAGGUGGUGCGAAGCGCAGGCAACCAGGAGAGUCAAGUGAGUGAUCCACUGAGCAACCAUGCGAUGAUCGCCAUGGUCAACCUGGCGCAGCGAGCUCCGAGUCUGCACAUGGAGAUGGUCGAGAGAGGCCUUGAGUCUGUCUUACUGUCCUGCCUGUCAAGAGGAAACGUCCAUCAGUUGCAUGCCCUGAAGCUGAUGAACGUCAUGUGUACUUCAGGGGAUGACUGUAGGGCAAGACUGUUCUCGGAGACCCUCCUUGCCAAGACGGGCGCCUUGAUGCGCCGCUGCCAGGAGCUGAGCAUACAACCUCCGCUCAAGCUCAGCAUAACGAUGUGCGCCAAGUUGUUGACGGGAAGCGACAAGCGAAUCUGGGGCGCAAGGGGGAUGGGAAAGAUGCUGUCUUGCUAUUUGGAGAAGGAGCUGGGCAGAGUCUGCUGCAUGCAAGGAGAUACGCUGCUGCGAGAGGUGAAGGAGAACUUGCUGCUGUCAAGUCAGACUCUGUACACCCUGGUGAAGAACGCAGCAGAGGAGGAGGCAGCCAGGAUGCACGGAGAGGGAGUGCUGCUGGACUGUCUGGAGGGAGGCAUGAGGCUGUUGAAAGUUCUGGAGGAGGGUGGCGGCGAGUCGCCGGGAGAGUCGCGGGACAAGAUCAGGAAAGUUGCUCUCGAAAUUCACCUCACGCUGUUGAAGGCCGUCGGCAAGUUCGCGGAGCGCCCAGCAUGCCGGGACCUGCUGAGGAAGCAACGCUACCUCAAGCAACUCGUGCGGAGCCUCCAACUUGCGAUCGCCCCUGGUGCCAAGGAGGAGGAGCAAGACAAGAUGGUCAUGAUGCAGGGAUACGCGGUGAGCCCUUGGGAUCGUCCUGCUCCCUCCGCUCCCCCCAUCUUCUCCGUGCUGACGUCAUCGUUCCUUGCUUCUUGUCAGAGCAAAGAGGAUGCAGAGGUUGUGGCAAGCUGCAUCUUGCAGGAUCUGAUCGAGCAGCUGGCGGCUCUGCGCGGAGCUGCUCAGACGUUGGCGUUGCAGCUUGUCUAUGGACUCGUCAGAAACUCGAAUGAAAACUUGAAGCGACUCGUCAGCCCGCAACUGCUGGGCUACUUUGCAUGCACUCUGAGAGAGGAGAACGAUGAGAAGAACGUCCAGAUCUUGAAGAGUUUGGAGAUGUUGACCAGGGUUAAGGACUUCCACAUCCCUUUGAUGCAGAACAAGAUAACAGAGGCUCUUCUUGCAAACUGUCAAAUAAACAGCAAGAGCAGCAGCAGCAGCAGCAGCAACAACAACAAGAACCACUCAGCAGAUGUCGACGAGCUUGUCUUGUCUUUGACAAUCUUGCAACGAUUGUCAACCUCGACGAGAGUUCUUCCACAUCUGAUUGAGAGCGGAUCUAGUCAGCUCCUUUGCAAAGUCUGCAACGAGCUGAUAGAGCACGUUGACCUACGGCCAAGGGAGGAGGAGAUCCUCCUCAUCCUCUGCCUUGCCCUGUCCCCGCUCCUCACCAAUGAGACCGUCGUGGUCGCCUUAACCUCACUCCCUCCAGACAUCCCCAGCAAGACCUGGAAGGACAGUCUGGGCCAGCCGGCAAGGGACAGCAGCAGCGUCAGCCUCCCCCAAGUCACCCUCUUCGAAGUUCUCUUCGCCAUCCGAAACCUCACGAUCAAGUCUGUGACGAGGUGA